UAAAACCCUACAACACAACAACGCUCAACACCUUGAAGCCACUUUGCCCUUGUUUCAUAUACAAGUCCGACAUCUGAAUUCAACUCGCCCUGAAAUCGCCGCCGGAGUUCCUCGUAGUCCGCCACACCCAUAAUGGACUCUGAACCCCAAUCCAAAAAGAAAACAAAAAACAAAAAGAAAAAGCAAACUGAACCUGAGCCUGAACCGGUUCAGGCAAAAGUCAAAGUUGUCCGUGAGAAUCCAAACAAAAUACCUCCAUAUAUUGGUUAUUUUCCUUCUGGUUUUGAUCCGGUGAAGUCGACUUCUGUUUCGGCCGGUUUCCAAGUAUAUCGAAACAAGAACAUGACUAAGAGGCUUGAGCUUGUUGUUAGUCCUGCUGGCUCUUCGGUUGAUUUCGUCGGAACAAAUUAUAUGGGUGAGGCUACGGGCUCACACCGAUCAAUGUAUGCUCUUGGUGUGUUUGAUAAGGAAUCUCAGACACUUAAGGUUGUGCCUAUUGGUGCUAACAAGAUAUUCAGAUUGGAUCCCAAAGUUAAAGGCGUUGAAUAUAACUUAUAUAAGGAGUCUGCGAAUGGGACGGUAGAGGAGUUGAGCCCAGAGCAGACGGCAGCGAAAAGGCGACAUUCUACUGCUGUUUUGGGAACAAAGAGGCAUAUUGAGUCGACUAAUAAGAUUCUUGAUAUGAGAAAAGAUGACGAACCUGAGUCUAAAAAAAAUCUGGUUGAGAAAAUGAAAAAUGUUGUUGUAAAUGAAGCGGCUCUUGCAAAUACAGAAGCUACUGUUUCUCGCAAUAUACCACCAUAUGAUACUUCUGCGACUACACCUCAGGAGGCUUAUGUAUUGGACAGAAUCAUCCUUGAGAGAGAAUGGAGUUAUCUUGAAGACAUUUAUUAUAUUUUGGAACAGGGAGAAGCAGCAAACUUCAGUGCUUACCCAAUAUUUAUUCGCAACAGGAUAGGCAGAUUAAAGAAGAUUGAGGAUGAGUCAGAAAAGAAGAAGCAAUUUUGCAUACUCUCAUACAUCAACCAUCUUAUCAAGUUCAAAGAUCAGCACUCUAUGGAUGGUGUUUCCUCUGCAAAGUCCCACAAAAUUCCCACUAUUUUGCGUUCUAAAUUUUUAACGAUGUUUGAUGUUUCUGAAUCAAAAAGGCUGCCAACUGAAAAGAUUAAUCUUCUCAUUUCUUAUGUUUUGGUGCUCACACUUUUCAUCGAUGGGUUCCAAACUGACUACAAAGAUAUAGCAAAGGAUCUGAGGAUGUCUCUAAUACCCCUAAGACUCCUCUAUGAGCAUUUGGGUGGCAAAAUUGUAUUCCAGGACAAGAAAUCCUAUGCCAUACUUCCUAUCCCACUUACAUUCCCUGAGUUAAAGCAAAAGAAGAGGAAAAGAUAGAUUGAUCCAUUAUUUGAAUCUGUUUUUGUUACUAUUGACUGUUGCAAAACAAGUUGUUAGUUAAGUCAUUUUGAUGCAGUGAUGUCAAAAUUUUGCUAUCCACAAUCCCAGGAGUGGUUGGAUACUUUUGUUACUCUUUUUAAUCUACUUACAUUUGAACCAUGUUGCUUUUGUGUUUUUGAUGAUUUAGAAAUUAGCAUCAUAUUUAAAUUAAUAGACACCAGAAAUGUUUCUGGAUAAAAAUGUACUAUGACUGCUUUGAAUCCUUUUCAUAUUGAAAUUCAACGUGAGAGGAUUGUAUUGGUUAUA